AUGGCCGCUAUAUACACGGUCUAUACCUCCCCGAACCACCCGCCUAUUCCGAAUCAUCUGCCAACCCUCAUCGUAACGCCACAUGGGCAGCCAUCUAACAUUCUGUACUCAUACCUUCACACCAACUUUAACACCGAGAACUACCUCUUGACACCGUCCCCACAAGGCGACCUCUGCGUAGCGAAGCUCUUUCCCCCGCGUCACAAUGCCCCCGGCAAGGCCACCGCCUCCGAUCCUGGCCACUCUGGCCCGUCCUCAUCGCGCAUCGUGCGUUGCGAGGCCUCGCGUAACCUCAAGUGGUCCAUCACCAACACCGGCGUGCUAACGCCCAUCUACAAGCUGGCUUUGCCCUCCCCCAACUCCGCCGACCUCCCUCUCUUUCAGAUCUCUAAGCCCAACCCAAACGCGACGUUCUGGAGCAUGUUCUACUUCGCCUAUGCCGGGCACAACAUCCCCCCGAAGCGAAUCGAGUUCGGGAAGAUCAUGAAGAACCCGCCAGGCCCGAAUGGGGGAGGCACGCGGAUCAGCAUCACAGGCAAGACGCCCGAAGAGAAGGCGGUGUGGCAGACGCUGGGCGAGGGCAACGAAGACUGCGUCGAGUGGGUCGUUCUCUGUGCCGCGCUCAAUCUGCUCGAUGACGAGAUCGUCAAGGCAGCAGAGAAGAACCCGCCGCCGCCCUCUUCGCCUGGUCCGGCCAACAGCCAACCUCCUGCAGGUCCAGGAGGCCGCCCCGCGCCUGUCGCGCUACGUGACCCUGGGCCCACCCCAGUCGGCACAGCGACGCCUCCAACACGUUCUGCCACUAUGCCGCCCAAUCCCCAGCAGCAGCCGCUCACGAUGCGCGGACCCGGGCCCGUUGCUCACGGCCCCCCGUCCCACGGCGCGCCCGCACACGGGCCGCAAUCUCACGCUGGCCAGCCUCCGCCGAGCCCGCACGCACCCCAUCCCAACGGGCCUCCUCAGCCUGUCGGCCCUCCAUCGCAUGGUGCCGCCCCGCCGCCCAGCCUCAUGCCCGGCGGGAGCAGAGGACCGCCCCCGCCGGGUCAGCAGUCCUACCCGCCCCAGGGACCUACGCAAGGAUACCCACAGCCACAGCAGGGCUCCCCUCAAGGAUACCCCCAGCCCCAGCAGGGCUCCCCUCAAGGAUACCCCCAGCCCCAGCAGGGGCCCCCUCAAGGAUUCCCCCAACAAGGCCCACCGCAAGGAUUCCCGCCACAAAGCCAUUCACCGCAGAUCCUCCCUCCACAAGGUCACCCGCCCCAGGGCUUUCCCCCGCAAGGCCAUCCGCCACAAGGAUUCCCCCCGCAGAACCACAUGCACCAUGGGUUCCCGCCACAGGGCCCGCUGCCGCUGCAAGGAUACGCGGGGCGUGGACCGGGAUUCGCGGCGCCGCCCAUGAUGCAGCGUCCUGGUAUACCUGGCCAGCCGGGCGCAUACCCUCCAGGCGCGUACCCCCAGCCGGGCGCUGGACGACCUGGCAUGCCGCAAACCGCGCCUGCGCGGCGAUAUUGA